CAGCAUAGAUGUUCUACACAGAGGAAAGAGAUCUGGGUUCUCAGAGGCCUCAUGGACAGACGAUGACAUGGAGCUCAUGCACCUGAGUCUCGUCCUGAUCCUCAGUACAGUGACCAGAUGCUCCAGUGAUGAAGACUUCUGCCCGAAAGGAGCCCAGAUAGACCGAGACGGAUCACGCUGUUACUGGAUGCCGGCAUCUAGGUUAACCUGGCAAGAAGCGAGGACCGAUUGUCUGAACGUUAACAGAGGAGAUCUCGCCGUAGUGGACACACAGAGCGUCCAGAAGUUUAUAGAAAACUCAUUUCUGCUAGAAGCCCCUGGACUGGUUUGGCUGAAAAAUGGACUCCCAAGUCUUUUUGCUGCUGUUAACCCGAAUCAUGAAGACAUUGAGAGAGAGACUUGUCUUCAGAUGUCUCUUGGUUCUGGACAGUGGAAAAGGAGCCCAUGUAACCAAAAGCAUCACUUCAUCUGUGAGAAACAGAUAUCAGUAUCUUUGCCAUCGUCUGACAGUUAUGUCAUCGGGGUGCCGCUAAUGUCCGGCGUAUACACACAUACCCAGCUACAUGCACUGCCUUCACAAACAGACAUACAGCAUCAACGAGCUGAGAUGAUGCUGUUCCCAGGACUAUGGGUCAGUCAUGGAGGCCAGGUGCUCUCUGUAGAGCUGGUAGCUCAGCCCAGUCAGCAGCUUACCAUUGCCAAAGUUCAGAUUUUGCGGCCGUAUUGCAGCCCGAACCUUCACUUAGUGCCCCCAGGCUGCAGCUCCAUCCUCAAUCCAUUCACCUGCUGCUCACUGAAGCCUCUGUGCAACACCACCGGCGGAUGUCCGAGCGGUCAGUACUGGUGCCACCUAGUGGAAAGCUGCCUGCCGGUCACCAGCUCCUGCAGCCCUUAUCACUCGUCUGUUGAUGGACACGUCUUCACAUUGCCUCCACGCUACACUGCAGUGACUCCUUUCUACCACAUGGUGGCAGACAUAGCAUUGGAAAUACCUCCAGCUUCUGAGCCUGUUCAUGUCAAUGUCACAUUAAAAGGCAAAGAAUUCCCAGUAUUCCCUGACGAUAUUCUUGCUGUUCAGCACACCGGACAAUCCGGAGAGUUCCUGCGUUGUUCAAGAAUCUCUGACUCCGCCUGGCGCCAGAGCUACAUCUCCAUUCCUGGACCUGCCUGGGGUGGCUGGGUCGAUGUUGCCGUGUCUGCUCUGACAGACGGAGGUCGCUGGAUGGACGACGUGUCAUGUGACCUACGCCUGAUCUACGAAGACGCGGGACAUCUGUACGGUCCUUCCAACAGCACACCAAACGAAAUGGGCACCAUAGACGCCAGCACACCAAUUAGCGUUCUAUCCGACUCUCAGACCCCAGUGACAGGAUUGCAGCUCCUUUAUCCUUUACUGACCAAAGAAACCCAAAUAAAUUUAGCAGUAAAUAUCCAAACGUUAAUGAUAAUCAAGAUCCUUUCUGGAACAAACGUGACAAGUUCAUGGUCUGCCCCAGUGUCCAGAGCAGGAGUCCCGUUCCUAAAGUCUUGUCCUGAAGAGAUCUCUGAAAUUCAGUCAGUUUGUCAGAGGGAUUCUCCUGAUACAUGGUUCUCUUAUGUAUACCUCAUGCCUACUAGUCAAGGAGAACAAACUCUGAACAUCACAGCUUCGAACCAGCUCAGCUCUCAGAUGCUGAGUGUGAAGAUUCAAGCUUAUAUUAUUAUCACAGGACUGAAAAUACAACCGCAAGGGUUUCACAGGAUUCUAGUGGACAUCCCACAGAUGUUCACCACAGCAGUGGUCACUGGUUCGUCUGUGAAGUAUACCUGGGUUAUUGAUAAUCUCGUCCAGUCUGCUCACACAGGAGAGGCUUACAGUGUCACUUUCACCAAACCAGCAGAGUACAUGCUCAGGGUAACUGCUGAGAAUCCUGUUAGCACUCAGGUCACAGAGGUCAAACUCAUAGCAGAUGUAAUGACCCCGUUAGCCGAGCUCACGUUCCUGUCCAGGACCGAGGCCGUUGCUGUAAACACCUCGAACAUUUACACCAUUAGAGUGAAGCUGGAUGUCUCCAUCGGUGUCACAAUAAGAUGGGAUUUUGGCGAUCGGUCAAGCUGGGUUAAUCAUACAGUCAUCGCUCCAUUAGAAAGGAACCACGAUGUUCAGCUGGAUCGGACCGCAACACAGAUAUACCUGCAGGAUAACGCACAUCAUAUCUACACAACACCAGGUGACUAUACACUGAGGAUACAAACCCAAAAUAAAUACGACUUCAUCCAAACGUCAGUGCUGCUGAAAGUAAGAUCUCCACUGACCAAAGUGCUAGUCUCAUCAAAGCCUGCUCUACCAAAAGUCAACCAAACGAUUCUUUUUGAAGCCUCAUCACAGCCAUCUUCAUAUGGAAUUGUUUACAUGUGGAACUUUGGAGAUGGUUCAUCAGAGGUUGAAGGACCUCAUAAGAUAACCAGGCAUGCUUUUAAGAAAGCCGGUGUGUUCAAUGUUUCUGUGUGCUCCAACAACACCCUGUCAAAACUGAAUUCCUGGACGGUUGUGGAAGUUUUUGAAACGAUCUCAGGUGUACAUCUGAGAUAUAAUGGACCCAGUGAACUCAGUUCCAUCACUGAAAUCAGUGGAAGUGUAUCAACAGGGACCGAUCUCAGGUGGACCUUUGAUCUUGGUGAUGGGACUGUGUUUAAAGAUCUGGAGAAGAACUCAGUCUCCCAUGUCUAUAGGUCUAUGGGAAACUACACUGUCCAAGUAACGGUCUGGAAUGCUGUGAGCAGCGUGAGACGUUCUGUCAAUGUAGAGAUUUAUCAACUUGCUGUGACUGGAAUCCUGCCAUUGGAUUGCAUCGUGAGUGGAAAGGAAGUAAAUCUUCAGGCGCUAGUGAGAGGAAAUGUUUCUCAGCUAAUUUUCCAUUGGAGUUUCGGAGACGAUACUGGCAUGUCCGUGAAGAAAGGAACACCGUCUGUUGCUCAUACGUUCUCAGGUACUGGGAGUUACCUCAUCGAUGUGACCAUCUAUAGCCAAGCAGGAUCUGCACGCUAUCAGAAAAACAUAUGUGUGCAGACUUUAAUUACAGAUAUAAACCUACACUCGUCUCUAAACGUUGCAGCGGUAGGGGAAGAGGUAUGUUUUGAUGUGUCAGUGCUUCCAACUGGUGGUGAAAGCUACCAAUUUCUCUGGUAUAACAGCUCUUUAUUUGACUGCCCCAUCAAUGGGACGUCACAUCACUGCUUCAUUUUUUCAAAAGAAGGCCAGCAUGAAAUUAUGGUAAUCACACGAAACCAGGUCAGCAAGAGAUCUGCAGUGACAACGAUUUUUGUCUAUAGACCUAUAUCAAAACUGUCAGUACAACACAACGGAGAUGGCGAUAUGGAUGCUCUUACCGUCAAUCAGUCGUAUUUCUUUUGGACUGAGCCAAGCCAAAAUGGUGUUGAGAUCGAGUGGAAUUUCGGCGAUGGUUCGUUGAAGAAUGGAGGUCACAAUGUGUCACAUGCUUUCAUUUCAGCUGGUCAGUAUCAUGUUAGUGCUUCAGUUUUUAAUGCAGUUAGCAAAGAGAUCAUCAGUGUUGAUGUGGAAGUUCAGGUUCCUGUUUCUGAUGUAGUAAUUCAUGCCAACCAGCCAUUUGCAGAAGCUCUCCAAGAAGCAGUUUUCACUGCUUCAAGCAAUGUCAUGGAUGGCAAUGUCAAGUUUUAUUGGUCUGUAGACUCCCUGACUGACUCACACCUUGGAUCAUCAGAGUAUAAAUUUGUGUUUCCUAAAGCAGGGAUCUUUCACGUUAGAGUCCUAGUACAGAAUCUUGUCAGUAAAAUGGAAACCUCAACAACAAUUGAGGUUUUAGAGAGAAUACGAGAUGUACAGAUUCUAAAAUCUGCAAGCUGUUUCCCCACAAACGAGACCAUCACUUUGAUCGCUUCUGUAAAUCGUGGCACUAGCUUGGCUUAUCAGUGGUUAGUGCAUCAAGAUGGAGGUAAUGACAUAGCUGGUGUUGGUGAGCAGUUUAAAUUUUCUACAAAUCAUCCUGGUAAUGUAUCUGUCAAGCUUAUAGUUGCCAAUGUUCUUGGUAAAGUGUAUAGUAAUAUUUCUUUAAGGGCAGUUGAACGUAUUUCUGGUGUAAAUAUCUUAGCGUUAAAUGUAAUAGCAAAAGGAAAACCUAUUGAGAUAGCAGUGACUAUGAAAACUGGGACAGAUCUUUACUAUAUUUGGUUUUUAGACACUGAUCGCUCUCCCAUAAAAACAAAUGAACCUUUUAUCCAACAUAUUUUCGAUGCUGUUGGCGUUUUUACGCUAAGAGUGUCAGUAGGAAAUGUUUUGGCCUCCGUCAAUGCCACUAAACACGUCACAAUUCAGGAGCCUGUUUCAGAGAUCAACUUUGAGGUAAAUGGACGAUUGAAUCCCUUCUUUGUAGCAUCAAGCAGUGUCUUGAAGUUUCAUGGAUCUGUCAGAAAAGGAACUGAUUUAUACUGGGAGUGGACCACCAUUUCCUGGGAAGGUAGUGCAAUUAUUUUAGGUAAAAAUCAAACCAUCAGCUACUCCUUUAGGGAUGCCGGAGAUCAUCGAAUAACUCUUAACAUCUCGAAUGAGAUUAGCUGGCAGGCCGUGUCGCAUGUUGUAACAGUGCAAGAUGCUAUUACAGGUCUUAGUCUAAGAGUCAGUGAUGUGAUUAUCUGUGAGAAUGAUCCAGUGACUUUCACACCAUCCAUCACUCAGGGAAGCGGUGUUUUAUUCAGCCUGGAAUUUCCAGGAGGGAAUACAUCCCUAAAAGAUCAGGAGGAUUUCAUCACCUCAUCCAUUCCCGUCGGAAAUCACACCAUCCGAGCAGUUGCAAGGAAUCUUGUUAGCAACUUAUCAGUAAACGUUACUGUGAAGGUAGUAGAACGAGUUAAAGGUCUUCAUUUGGUUAACUGCUGCUCUUCUGUCUUGGAAGCCUCAAAACCGGUCAAUUUCCAAGCAUCAGUAAGGACAGGAUCUAAUGUCACUUACCAUUGGAAUUUCCACUUGGACGGCCUUAAAACUAUACAUCAGACUGGUCAAAGUGUCCAGUAUUCCCCAUUGGGCAAUGGAUCCCUGUCUGUGAAGGUAGAAGCUACGACUGACUUCUGUUUGCAGUCCAUGACUGAGAUAGUACAAGUUCAGUGGCCGGUGAAAAACGUGAAGCUGUCUAUCUUGUCUGAUGGACCUUUUGUAGAUCACAAGGUCACAUUUUUCGCCCUUGUUGAUGGUGGGAGUGACCUUUUGUUCAACUGGAACUUUGGCGAUGAUAACAAGGGGAUCCGAGUUACAAAAACCAAUAAGGAAGUCUACAAAUAUAACGUUGAAGGCAGAUUUAUGAUGCAAGUAACUGCUUUCAACAACAUCAGCCAAGUCUCGGCACAAUUCCCAGUUCUGGUAAGGAAACUGGAAUGCACCCUGCCUCGUCUCACCCUCAUCCAAGAACAGGCAAAAGUUCUUAAAUCAAGGCCAAACUAUUUCGAAGCAAGUGUGGAUCUGAAUGAUUGUGCUUCUUACAAGACAAACUACCUCUGGGAGAUUUUUAUGGAUCCAGACUGCAUGGAAAGGAAAGUCUUUUUAAAUGGCUCAGUGGAUGUUACCACACCGCUCCUGACUCUCCCAAAGCAUACACUAGAAGUGGGAGACUAUUGUCUAAAGUUUACCACUAGGUUUGAAGGAACACCUUUACACAAGUACAAGACUACAGGGUUCUCCGUAGUGAACAGUCCAUUGGUUCCCCUGAUUAAAGGUGGCUCUUUCCAAAUUUGGUCAAACCAAAGAGAUCUGAUACUGGAUGGAACUGAAUCUUAUGAUCCUGACGCUGCAGUCCAGGAGGUUGAUCUGUUGGAGUUUCGAUGGGAUAUUACAGUGGAGCAGAAUACCAGGACAUCUCACUCUUCAGCAUCCUUCCUCGAUAAUUAUCCAAUUCAGCACAACAGCAGCAAGCUUAUCCUCCCCAGGCAUGUACUAGAGCCAGAAAGAGUGUACCACUUCACACUAACAAUUCAAAAGCAUGGUAGAUCACCGGUCUCGACUGUCCAGAAGGUUGAAGUUCAUGAAGCUGAAGUGUUGCCUGUGACUGUAAAGUGUGUAUCCUGCAGACUGGUGUUUUCUUCAUCUGUCAGUUACAGCCGUCCUCUCACUUUGUCUGGACGCUGUCCUCAGUGUAAUGGCAUUGUUCAGUAUAAUUGGACUGCAGAAAACACAAAAGGGGAUGUUUUAUUGCUGAAUGAAGUCACAACCUCAACGGGACAUGGCUCUACAGAUCUGGUCGUCAGAGCUAAUACGCUAAAACCUGGAUUUGAGUACAUAUUCAGGCUUAAUGUGUCUCAACCGGCUACUGGACUAUGGGGAUCAGCGAGUAUUGCUUUAAUCCAGAAUCAGCCACCUAAAGCUGGGAACUGCACACUGUCUCCAGAAGAUUCUGUGCAACUUCUGCAAAAUGUAGUUUCAUUCAACUGCUCAGGCUGGAUGGAUGAAGACGCUAACUGUGCUCAGUUGAUAUACGCUCUCCAAGUUGCACAAUGUGAGAACCCAGGAACACAGUGUUCCUUGAUAACCCUAUACCGAGGAACGCAAAACACAUAUGGCACACUGGUACCCCUGGGUAGAACAAGACCAGGCUAUGAUGCUUCUAUUAUUACUGUAAUGGUCACCAUUGAGGAUAACCUGGGAGCCAAAGUCACUGCAAUCAAAAGGAAUCUGGUAGUCAUGGCACCGGUGAGUGAUCAUAACAAAACAGAAUGGUUCAAGAAAAAGAGUCAGGAGGAACUGUGGGCUUUACUCAAACGAGGCAACCCUCAGGAUGUUAUACCAUAUGCCACGGCUCUGACCAGCCAGCUCAAUCAGUUAAAGGCCACUAGCAUGCAGGAGUUUAAGGACAAAGUCCAGAUGCGAGGCAAUGUGACCCAGGCCUUGGCCUCUCUCUCAGUGUCUUCGCUCCAGGAUGCAGCGCAGAUCAGCUCAGCUUUGGCUCAUUCUACAGCCAUUACGUCUGAGAUUCAAUGUGGAGAGUGUACCUCUCAAGUCGUGGAGGCUGUAGGGAAGAUGAUCAACGUGAUCAGAGAGCAAACUAGACAAGGAGAUGUCACUCCUAUAGACACCGGAAGGAAUAUUCUGAAUGUUCUAAGUAGCUCGAUGUCUGUUCAGAAUCCGGCGAACACUUCAGGUUCACUCAGAACUCGACAUCAAGACACCGCAAUAUCAGCGUUUUACCAAGUCGGACAGCUGAUGCGUAGCUUAAUGAGGUCACAGAUGCCUGGCGAGGAAGCACUCUCCAUCGAAUCUCCACAAAUCAGAGCAGUAGGGAAACGCGGUGACCCGACUUCAGACCUCCUCUGUAGCGAGCCGUCGAGCCCAUGCGCCUUCCACAUCCCCCUGAACCUGAGCUCACGCCUGAAGACUGAAAGACAGGAAGUCGUUCAGAUUCUCCUGGUCAUGGAGAGCGAGGAGAUCCCAUUCAUCUCCGCCGCAGUUCCACCUAUUUCCACUACGCUAGCUGCGAUGGAGUUCGCCACACCUCAGGGUCUGGUCAUCCCCAUUGCCAACCUGACGGCUGAAAGUGCCAUUCGUGUGACGCUACAAAACAGGAAGACGGAGGUCUCAGGAAGCGUUAAUUUCACUCUGGUGUCAGAAGGAAGCGUGAACUUCACAGUCAGAGCUGUGGAGGUGGAGCCGAAUGCUGGGCUCUUUAUCGGCUUUAACUUCAGCUUGACUCAAGGAAGUGGUAAGCUGAGCUCUGGAAAAGUCAGCAUCACUAUAACAGAUGAACAAACAUCUCAACCGUCCCAGCACUCUCAUGUUAAAGAUCUGACCCUCACCUUCUCAAGCACGAGUCCUUCACUGGAAGAAUCCAUCUUCCUCACGCCGAUCUUGAAUGGCUCUGCUAAGGAGCUGUAUGUGACCCUGAAGAACAGUGCAGGUGUGGAGUUGUGUGUCUCAGUGUGUGUGUUCAGCUCGCUCUGCCAGUUCUUCAGCAUGGAACAGAGCCGCUGGAGCACAGCCGGUCUCAGCGUGCUCAGUACUAGCAGCCCUGAGACUGCUCACUGCCUCACUGAACACUUGACCCUUUUCGGGGCCAGUCUGUUCAUUCACCCAGACGCCAUUGUACUUCUCGCACCAUCAGAUGGACCAAGCAGAAACAUAGUGGUGGGGAUAGUGUGUGGUGUUCUUCUCCUGAUUCAUCUGCUGCUUGGUCUCAUCGCUCACAAGCUAGACCAUCUGGAGAGCACACGCUUGAGCUGCAUCCCGCUGUGUGGCCAGUCAGGACGCCAUCGUUAUAGAGUACUGGUCAAAACUGGCUGGUACAGAGAGGCCGGAACCACUGCUCAUGUAGGCAUUAGUCUACAUGGUCUAAACAAAAGUGGCUCACGUCACCUGCAAAGAGAAGGAGCCUUUCAGAGGAAUGGUCUAGAUGACUUUCAGGUAGAAACCGACGUCAGCUUGGGAGAAAUCUGGAAAAUAUGCAUCUGGCAUGAUAACACAGGUCUGGACCCCUCAUGGUAUGUUCAGCAUGUGACAGUAUGGGACAUGCAGACAGAUAACAUGUUCUUCUUCAUGGUGGAGGACUGGUUGUCUGUGGAGAAUGAAAAGAAUUCGGGUUUGGUUCAGAAAGUGGUGCUGGCUACAUGUCCCCCAGAGCUGCGUCAGUACAGAAGGAUUUUGCGAGCACAGCUGCUAUACGGACUGCAGGAUCAUCACCUCUGGCUGUCUCUAUGGGAGCGUCCAGCUCACAGCGCUUUUAGUCGCGCUCAGAGAGUAACCUGCUGUGCUCUGAUUCUGCACCUUUAUCUGGCAGCAGGGGCAGUUUGGUACGGAUCAGUGGCCACGUCAAGCAGCAGAGGUCCAGUUGCUGAGCAGAUGCCGAUGACCCCAGAGACCGUACUGGUUGGAAUGACCAUUGCUGUUCUGAUGUUUCCCCUCCAAUCCUUCCUCACCUUCCUGUUCAGAAAAACCAAGAGCAAGGUUGCCAUGGAGAUCUCUCUUCCUCCUUCGCCCAUGUCUGAUAUUGUCGAGAUGGACGUGUACCUCCGCCACCCAGAUAUGUCCUGCGCUUCCUUUUUGUCCAUGCCCACAGGCCACGAGUCUUCCACCCAUGAAGGCUCUUCCUUUGAGUCCUCAGAGAGCCCGAAACUGGAGUCUGAAUUGUGGAACACUUCACAGUUUGGGAGUGAAAGUCCUCGCUCUAGUGGAGUCGACCAGUGGACAUUGAGCGACAGUAUUUUAGGUCUUGCUGAGAUGAUGGGACCUACACGGCUCUUGAAGAGAAAAAGAGCGCUUCUCAAGUUAAGGCUGAAUUCUCCAGCAUCAGAAAUGUCAACCUCUGAACACAGCAGUUCUCCAGAUCUGAAGAACCAGCAGACAUCAUGCUGUGGAGACGAGUUACGGCCUGUUUCUGCAGAUCACUUCUCAUCCAGCGAUGCUUCCUCAAGGCCAAGUACGUCUGAUAGCGGCCGAUAUUCACCCAGCGAAACUGUUCUAUCUGACACACUGGAGAGCUCCUCUAGCGAAUGGAUGGAUGCGAGUGUGGAGAAAUCUGAUUGCGACGCUGGUCUUUAUAAGUCUCACUGCUCCAUGUCGGUGUGUAGCGUGGCCAGUACCUUUCUCCCCAGUCUUCCCCCAGACUCCUUCAGCACCACCUCCACUACACACAUAGGUGUGUCUCGCAGUAGGCCGGGUCUGAUGUUGCCAUCUUGGGUGUUGGCUCUGGCUUAUCUUCUUGUGGCUGUGCUCUUGGGAACAUGUCUUACUUCAGUGGGCUUAUACGGGAGCACCUUCUCCAACUCGGUGCUUCUGAUGUGGCUCACUUCAGUCCUGUCAGCCUUCUUCACAUCAGCCCUGCUACUGGAACCUCUCAUGAUUUGUGUUCGGGCCAUGUAUCUUGCCUCUGUGGUGAAACCAGUAGACCCUGAGGUGGAGGAUCGUCUGGCCCAGGAGUCCGUAGUGAUGAGGGUAUGGAAGGAUCAAGGGGUUAAAGUGCGUCCUCUCUGUGGCUAUGGCCUGCUGCAUGCUAAAGAAGAGGCACGAAAAGUACGAAUUCUCCGAAACCUUAUGAAGAACUGCCUGAUCUACAUGCUGUUCCUGUUGGUGGUUCUCAUGAUGAACUAUCAGGAUAAGAUCCAGGAGGUGAACGGCAGAUUGCUUCACCCUGCAGUUAAACGUACAAUCAUCUCAACCUCGGCAGGACGACCUAACCUUACAGCCCUAUCAGGGUGGACGGAAGUGUGGAAGUGGAUGGACCAAAGCUUAACGGCGCAUCUCCACAGAAAUCCCUCCCUCUCUCUGAUUGGCUUAGCAAGGCUACAGAGAGUGAAGUCAACCAACUUUUGUGGAGGGAAUACCAAAGAUACAAUGAACCAUGGGCAGACAUUCAUGAUGGUCAGUGCUGAAAAUUCAGGACAUCUUAGACAUCAAAGAAACAGAACUACCUCCUUCCUCACCUGGCCAUGGCCCAGAUCACAGUCAUGUGUCUCCAGUGAGACAGAUAAGAUGUUGCUUGGAAACAGCAGUUUCUUCACCAGUCACAUCCUGGCAGACCUGAAACAAACACAUUGGAUCACAGCAGAGACCCAAGCCUUGUUAGUGGAGUUUACUCAGUACCACAGAGAGACGGGGAUAUUCCUGCCUGUCUCCAUACUGCUUGAGAAAACCCAGACACAGCGGAUUCUCUCCACCGUCUCCAUCCAGUCAUUCCAUAUCCCAGGAUCUUUCUCUGGACCCGACUUAAACGUCGCCAUAACGGCUCUACUGCUGAUCUUCUCCGUGUCUUUCCUGAGUGCUGAGCUUUGGAGGAUGCUCAGAGAGCGAGCUCAGUAUCUAACCCAGGGCUGGCGUCUCUUUCAGCUCUUGGUGGCUUUACUGUCUUUCUCAGCAGCUUCACUGCGCUUUUGUUUCUUGUCCAUGGCCACUGCAUGUCUGUCUGGUCACGUCUCCCAGCCUGACACCUUCACUGGAUUUCACAACAUUGCUGCUUUAGCCAAGAGUUCCUCACAGCUCUCGGCUGUGUUACUGAUGCUGCUGGUUCUACAGAUGGCAGCUUCUCUGCAGUUUGUAAGAAGAUGGGUGGUGUUUGGCAGGGUUCUCCAUCAGGCCUGCUCUGAGAUCUGUGGAGUAGUCCUCCUGUUUGUGCUUCUGCUGCUUCUCUUCUCCCACACAGGCAGCUUGCUUUUCUCAGCUUCAGUGGAAGGCUUCAGGACUGUAAGGCAAGCUAGUCAGUCCCUAUUGUGCUUACUGAGAAAUCGAAUAGUUUUACAGCAGCUGUCUGAGGAGCAUCCAGUGCUUGGGCCCCUGUUCUGCCUCACUGUAUUUGGGCUGGGGUUCUGGCUCCUUGGGCGUCUAUGUGGAGCCAUAUUGCUCCACAGGUACAAGACUAUCCGUGAAGAAAUGUACCGUCCAUCCAUGGAACCACAGGACUAUGAGAUGGUAGAGUUUCUCAUCAAGAGGCUUAAGUUAUGGAUGGGACUCAGCAAGGCCAAGGAGUUCAGGCACCGAGUAAAGUUUGAGGGUAUGGAGUCACCACCAUCUAGAUCAUCCCAGUGCUCCCAGUUCUCCAGCAUCUCCUCACCCAUGAGUCCUAUUGGACCUCGUCUGGUAUCCUCUGCCUCCUCUCAGGUCUCAGAGUCUUCAGUGGUCUCUGAGAGCCAUGAGGUCCAGCAGUACCUCGAUCGCUUGCUGCCCUCAGUGGAAAGUCUCCUUGCUGGUUUUGAUCGUGUCAAUCAACUGACCAAUGACGUCUUGAACAUCGAGGAGCAGCUUCAGAAAGUCCAAAGAAGAAUUGUCCAAAACAGAAGGAAGAAAAUCGACCCAGAACCAGAGAUGCCCCCAACCCCAAAAUUGACAAGACCUAGCCAAACUUCCAUUCGUAUGGGACUGAAGCCUCUUCGGCCUUCCCAUGACGGUAUCCCUGAAGUCCCCACUCGUCGCCGUGCUACCCACUCCGAGUCAUCUCUCCUGGGGCCUUCUGCUCAUGUCUCGGCUUAUCUACCAUUAGCAGGAAAGCAGAAAUCUCAGACAGCAGACCCAGAGAUUAGGGGUUUCCCUAGACGAAGAGCCUGGCACUCAGGAUCCUGUCACUCUGCAGAUACCAUUCAAAGGUCUGCUAAGUCUCAAAGCCCUGGAGCCAUUCCUGUAAGACCUCGCAGUGAAGAAAGGGAUUGGACUGAAGCAAAUGAAGGCAUGCCAAUUAAAAAGAGAGCCUGGCACUCUGAUCCCUCUGAGGUAGAAAAGGACUAAGUCAGUUUAUGCCUCAGACACAAAAUUUGGCAGAGUUCUUUAAAUGAAUGAUGUAUGUGCUGGCUUGGAAUGUGAAAGGGAAGUCAAGUAAGGAGCAGGAAAGUGGAGACACCUGUGUGGGGAAAAGAGUACCUGUCAGUCAUUUCUGUGUGUUUAACUUGUACUGGUUCAAAUCAUUUCUCAGCACUUUGUGACACAAAUUUAUGCAAUGCAUACAUACAGCUUAAAUGACUGUUAAAGAAAGUAGUACUUUUAUAUAUUUUGAAUUAAUUAGAUACCCUUAGGAAGCAGGGGAUUGAAUCAUCAGAUAUAUAAAUAACAUAUUACUCUAUUUAUCCAAGAACAUACUCAGGACAAAUUGAGUGGGACAAGAACUGAAUAUGAUUAAGGUAUUUCAUCCUCAAUGUUGUUUUUGCAUAGCUUUUUUUCCCCAGUCAUGCUUUUCUUUACUGGCUGU